UGAUGAUCUUCGUUGGAAUUUUGGUAUGCAGAUCUGCGAUUGGUUUCCUCCGCUCGUGAACCCUCCGACGACGAUAUAAACCACACACACUCAGAUACAAAAAAGUCAACGAUGGGCCCAAUUGUUUUCUUUACAUGAUAAUGGGCCUAUUGAAAGAGGCCCAUUAUGAUUAAUAAAUUGCGUUUUUCGUUUGGAAGUAAAUCUGGGGAUUAUAUUGAGCUGCAAGUUGUAACACACACAGCCUGUCUCCUGCCACGAUCUAUAAAAAUGUUUUGGCUCUUAAACAUCACAUUUCUAUUGGAGUCAGAUAUUCCCUGGAGUAUUGUAUUAACAUUGUUAUCAUCUUCUGUUAAUUAUCUCUCGUUUAAUAACAAUACAGUCUACGCGCCUUCCAAAUCUGACAACGUGAUAAUGUUUUUAUACAAGCCAGCGAUUCAUUCAUAUCUCGUGGAGAAGACUCUUGAAUCAUCUACUUAGUUAUAAAUAUAAUAGGUCACAAAUUCGUUUUUUUUUGGUAGGACAAGUGUGCUUUUCAAAGAAUAAUUAAUUUUAACAUAGAAGAAGAUGUAACGAUUUUCGGAUUCAAAACAUACUGUCAUUCCAAAAAUAAAAGCGAUUUGAUUAUGUUAAUUGAGAUGGCGGGAAAGUUAAGAGAAAAAAUGAACGAGGAAGGAAGUAGUAACUAAACACAGGAGAGCCAAUUAAAUUUUGGCAAGUGGUAAUGAAAAUUUACAUAUUUCCAGAAGAAACACAAUUAAAACUUGGACAUGUGCAGUUUCUUUUGGGUUAGCUAAAAACAUAUAUCAAAUCAUUUGCAAUAAAAUAGAGAGCAUGUGGGUGGAUUGCGUCCAACGCUCAAACCUAUAAGUAGCUCUGUUUCCACUCUCUUCUCUCCCAUCAUCCUCUAGAACCUUCAAACCAACCUUCCUUCAUCACAUGCCUCCUCUGUUCUUCUGUUAGCUAUCUGAGAUUCUCUUCCACAUGUUUUCAUUUUUAUUAUCUUUCAUGAGUUCCAUAUGUUAUCUGAUGUUUUUUCAAUGUUGUAUAUGUAUGUGUAGGGUGGUGAUAUCUUGUUACCAAAGAGCAUAAAAUAGAACGGGAGAGAAAGGGAGGGAAUAUGGGGUGUGCUACGUCUGCUUGUGCUGUUGUGGGAAGUAAGAACAAGAGGAGUAUCAUUCAAGAAUCAGUAGUGUUUGUUCUACAGCUCCGUGUUCCUGUUCAGACUGAUCUUCAGCGCCAACUCAAAGGCGUUGCCUCCAAGACAACCAUCGACCGAUUGGCAUGUCUGAGGAAUCAGAUUCAGUUGGUAGCUGAGGACUCAGGUAUCGAAGAAAUGAGACCAUCUUGUUUCUUUUUACUUGCGUUCCAAGAAAAAGGUUCUGAUUUUGAGCAUAAUAUUCAAAGUUUAGUUUUAAAUUUUGCAGGCGGUUCUGCCAUCUCUGAGCUACAUUCAGCUUUGGAGGAGUACUUGUCUCUUCUCACCGGUCUUAUCAAGAAAAAGGACGAUGGGAUGGAGGGAUGCGUAGAGUUCAAAUGGAAACCCCUUGGAGAUGGUGGAAGAGCAGAGUUAUGUUUCACAAACCUUUGGAUGGAGAUGCUGACAGUGAUCCACAUGAUGGCUGCUUUGGCACUAGCUGAAGCUAACUCUCUCAUGAUUCCAAAGGAUCGUUCUGGUUCUGGCCAUGGCGUCCGUGUGGUCUCCAGUGGUUGCAAGAGAGAUGCGGUUGACUUGCUGCUCAAGGCGUCUGGAUACUUGGAGUUCUGCACCAGAGAGAUUCUGCCUCGCAUUCCUCUUGAUGUAAAAAGUAAGUUGCCAGAUGAUAUGCAAGAAAGUGUUUUGCAAACUCUCUCUAUCCAAGCACUUGGACAGGGAACUGAGAUUCAACUUGGGUUGGCAGUUAAUAGCAAGAAGGCUACACUGUCUGUGAAGAGGAGACUUGCUUGUGAGCAAGUCAUCUAUUUCUCUCAGGCAUAUCAAUGCUUGUCUGGUUGUGACGUAGUCAGCCAUGGGUGCGCCAAAAAGCUUCUCCUCUUCAUCUUCUGGAAGUUUCUGGAAGCAAAGGCUGCGGCAUACUACUACCAUGGACUGGUAACAGAGAAGGGAAGUGAGCCAGCUUGCCACGCGAGUGCAGUGUGUUGUUUCCUUGCAGCUUCAGAGAUCCUAGGAGAAAGCAAGAAGGCCUGUCUUAGCUUCUGUUUGUCUCCUCCUGUAACCAGGGCCCCUCCUAUGUGGGGAGUUAUGAAGCAUUUGAGCCAGAAGAUUCCAGAAAUUGCUUUUAAGAAGUCUCAAAUGUAUGGAUACUUGCUUAAAGAAGAAGAAAAGGUAAUGCAAAGUUUGCCAGAGCUACCAGACUUUCAGUUGUCACUGAUACCAGAAGAGUUUGAACUGCCUGAAAUGGAAGCCGGCUCUUUUGCCAGAAAACCAGACCCAUUUGCUUACUGAAAACUAGUCUGAGAAUCAUUAUGAGG